GAGAAUGGAAAACAAAACAUGAGGCUGAGGGUGAGGGCUGAAGCCAAACUGACAGCAACUCUAUUAAUAGUGAUGUGAUAAAUAAUAUUAUUAAGAAGAAGAAGAAGAAGAAGACUGAGUGUAAAAGGACUGCGCAUAGUUUCCACGCGCCGACCCAAUCCCCACUUUGAAGCCAAGCAAAGGAAGGUCUCCGUCCCCUCCACCUCAGAACUCUAAUCAAAUCAAUGAUUCUACGACGCCAUCAUCCAUCCAUCACCUCUCUCUCUCUCUCUCUCUCUCUCUCUCUCUAGGGUUUGAAAAGAACAUCUGAAGAACAUCACUCACCGCUACCAAUACCAUCCUAGGGCUACAUGUGUAUGCCUGUAUUAUUAUUAUCAUUAUUAUGACACAAGAGAAUGAUGAUGAAGAUUGUCGUGGUUUUCUUCUCUUUUUACCGUAGGUAAUUGAGGAGCAGCAGCACCACCUCCUACGCUCCCGCUCCCGCCUCCGCCUCCGCCUCCGCCUCCGCCAUCCAGACCCAUGAUGGAGAAUGGUCCUGGGAAUUUGCCGGAUAGAAUGUCCGCGUUAGCAGUAAAUGAUUCGUCCCCCAACCACGGCAGCAAUAGUGAGAGCUUAUUUCAGGUCAUGAAAGCAGUGGAAGCUGCCGAAGCCACCAUCAGACAGCAGGUUGAGGAGAAUGAUAGAUUGAGGAUUGAACUUCAAAGAAAAGCCAAGGAAUUGGAAAAAUAUGUAACUAGUGAGGGUCCUUCAAUGCAAUCUCGUGCAGAAAACCACCCUGAGAGUAGCGGGAUUAAUGGCACGUUGAAAGUGCUUCCUGGUGGUCAGGCAUCUGCAGAAAAUGCUGGCUUCUCUCACUUUUCUUCACCGUAUGCGACAUCUCCCAGCAGGUAUCAGAUGGAAGGAGAAAGUGAUCCACGUUUUAAUUUGUAUGGACAUGGGAUGAUGACAAUGGCGGAAGUAAAUAAUCCCAGAAGCCUUUGGAAGCAGGAUCUUGCCUUUAAGAUUCGGGAGCAUGAAGAAGAAAUUGUGCAGCUGCGAAAGCACCUUGUUGAGUAUUCUAUCAAGGAAGCACAAAUACGCAAUGAGAAGUAUGGUUUGGAAAAGCGCAUUGCUCAUAUGCGAAUGGCUUUUGAUCAACAGCAACAGGACCUUGUUGAUGCUGCAUCAAAAGCACUUUCAUACAGACAAGACAUAAUUGAAGAAAAUAUACGUCUUACAUAUGCAUUACAGGAUGCACAGCAAGAAAGAACAACUUUUGUAUCAUCUCUGCUGCCUCUUCUUGCAGAGUAUUCUCUGCAGCCACAAGUUCCUGAUGCACAGUCAAUUGUCAGCAAUCUUAAGGUUUUGUUUAAGCAUUUGCAUGAGAAGCUUGUUGUUACUGAGACAAAGCUGAAGGAGUCACAUUAUCAAUUGGCUCCAUGGCGUUCUGAUAUGAAUCAAGCAAAUAUUGCUCCACCUUCACCAUCUCACUUCAUUGGUGCAGCACUGAACAAAAAUGGGCUUGAACUGGUGCCUCAGCAAUCAUAUUCUCAUGAAAAGAUUACGAUUUCAUCUGCUGAGACUCGUCCAACCACUGAUUGGGAUCUGCUGCGGCACCAUCAGAGUGGGUUUGGUGGUAUUAUGGCAAAAAAUCAGGAGAGAAAUGACUUGGGGGGGUAUUCACCUCUUGCAAGCAGGAAUUCUGCAGUUCAUGAUGUACCUGCCCAGCUUGGCAGCACUCGAGGUGAUUCACGUGAAACACCCAAUAAACAAGUCACAUUUAGUGAACCUGUUAGCACGAGUGAGAUGGAUGAUCCUUAUAUGGAAAGACAACAGAAUGAGAGGGAACCUUCAGCCAAUUGGGAUCCAGGAAACACUCCUUACACAACCACGCUUGAUGAUCCAAAUUCUUCAUAUUCUCCUUAUCUAGCACCAGUCCUUGAAGAACCUUCGUCAUCUUUUUCUGAGGCUGCAGAUGAUGAUCCAUUACCUGCUAUAGAGGGCCUCCAAAUUUCAGGCGAGGCUUUCCCAGGACAUGAACUUCAAGCAUGCGGAUUCUCUAUCAAUGGAACAACCAGUUGUAAUUUUGAGUGGGUGCGCCAUUUAGAGAAUGGGUCUGUUAACUACAUUGAUGGCGCAAAGCAACCAAACUACCUUGUUACUGCUGAUGAUGUUGAUGCCUACGUUGCUAUUGAAGUCCAGCCUCUGGAUAAUAGGAAACGCAAGGGAGAACUUGUUAAGGUCUUUGCCAAUGAGCACAGAAAGAUUACUUGUGAUCCUGGAAUGCACCACCAAAUAGAGAAAACUCUUUAUAGUGGUCACGCUUCAUAUAAAGUAUCAUCAUCGACUGGAUAUCUUGAUAUAUGGGAGCCAGCUACUUUAACCAUAAAGAGAGAAGGGUACAAUAUCAAGUGUAGUGGACCCAGUGGUGAUGUGGUCAGUGAAAAGUUUUCACCAAGUACACGGGUUGCUAUUCCCUAUGGAAAUCCAGCAGAAUUUUCAAUACUAAGUUCUGAUGAGGUAGAACGUCUCUUGCGGGUAGAUAACAAUGUAGAUAGUAGCUGUUCAAGAGAUACAAUUGUGCUUACCAUGAGAUUAUUUAUCAUAAGGGCUAGUGAGAAAAAGAAAGGAAGAAAGAGAAGUUUAUUCUUUAACAAGUGAAGUGGGGCAGGCAGGUUAUUCAAUGCUGUCCAGCAGUUCAGGCUGGCGGAGGGAGGGUGAAGUAUUUGGGAGUGAGCUAGGUAGGGUGUGUAAGUAAUACAUUGGUUUUGGGAGGGAUACAUUCUAUUUUUUUGGACAUUCUUAUUGUAGCCCAUGUAUUGCUGCUGCCGCUAAUCUUUAAAAGAAAAGUCAAUAUAUAUUCCAUGUGCGUAGGAGGCAGGGAAAGUUUUGAGGUUAUAAAUGAGCUUGAGUAA